AUGUCCGAGAAACUGCUCAUCAUCGACACCGACUGCGGCAUCGACGACGCCCAGGCCAUCCUGAUGGCCCUGGCGGCCCCACACGUCCGCGUCCUGGCCGUCACCUGCGUGUUCGGGAACUCGUCGGUGGACAACGUGUGCCAGAACGUUUUGAAAGUGCUUGCAGUCGGGGAGCGAGGACAAAUCCCGGUAUUCCGAGGUUCCACGGGGCCUCUUGUCGGGACCACCGCCGACGUCCUCUGCGACCAUUUUGGCACGGACGGCCUCGGGGAUGUUUUGGAGGAAAGGUACCCCCGGUGGGAGGAGAAAAUCCCGACGGAACACGCGGUGAACGCCAUGCUACGCCUGGUGGCGGAGAACCCGAAGCAGGUGACACUGGUGGCCCUGGGGCCCCUCACCAACCUGGCGGUGGCUGUCAAGAUGGACCCGACCUUCCCCGGAAAGCUGAAAGAACUUUACAUCAUGGGGGGGAACAUGGAAGGGAUCGGAAACUUGACUCCGUGCGCAGAGUUCAACUUCGGUAUGGAUCCUGAGGCCGCCUACAUUGUUCUGGAGGAAUUCUUGUGCCCGACUUACUUGGCGUCGUGGGAAUACGCCUGCAAAAACGCGCUGUCGUGGGAAUUCUUCGAGGAGCUGACUAGCCAAGACACGGCGCCGUCCCGCUUCAUAAAGACCAUCACAUCCCGCUGCUGGGACUACUCCCGGGAGGUCCUGAGCAAGGAGCGCGACGUUUACUUCGGGCCGGGCUUCGUCUCGUUCGACUCGUACGCGGUCUCGGCCUGCGUGGAUGCCGGCGUGGUGGCCGAGAGCGUGCGCUGCCCCGUGCGCGUGGAGCUGCAGGGCCCCAUGUGCCGGGGCAUGAUGGUCCUGGACCGCGUGGGCCGCCUGAACAAGAAGCACAGCGUGACCGUGUUCACCAAGUGUCACAAGGAGAAGUUAGCGCGUCUGCUUUUCCAGUCGAUACGCCGCUACGAGGCCGGUGCCGGAAAAUGUAUACCCUGAAAUCAAUUGACACUAGUUUCCACAUUUAUCGCAAUAAGCUACCGCAAUUUUGCAAUUGGCUGGCAUGUUUAUUCGGGGUGAGGCCUCCAUUUUGAAAAUAAAACUGAGCCACUGAGAAUUAGA